AUGACGCGGAACGAGUCUGCAGAAAGUCUUAGCCCCCUGAAGGAGCAGGGAAAUAAUGUUUCCAGUGAGGCAUCAUCCGGGACCGCCAGGGCUUCUCCCAAGUUAGACCGACCAGAGAGUUUCGUACCGAUUCAAAGCGGCAGCUCGGGAACUUCAGCGCGAAAUACCCAAGGUCCACAACUAGAUGAGACAUACAUCGCACGUACUCUGUCUCAUCGGAAGAGCCACGCUUCUGGCCAUGAAGGCGCCGAAUGGGAGCAGAUCGAACGUUUGAUCUCACGGAUGUUCGGACAUGAACGCAAGGCCAAUUCCGAAGAAGAGAAAACAAGACACGUCGGAGUGGUAUGGAAAAAUCUCACAGUGAAAGGGUUGGGCCUUGGGGCUGCACUUCAACCGACCACCGGCGACAUCUUUCUUGGCAUUCCGCGGUUCAUCAAAGGUUUCUUAACACGAGGCACAAAGGGUGCUGGAGGGGGAAAGAAGGAUAUAAGAACAAUUCUGAAUGACUUCACGCUCCCCAUCUUUCUGAUUCAAAACCUGGCAGUUCUAUAUAACCCGGAGGACGAUCUGCACCACGCCACGUUGACCGUACGGGACACUCUCCUCUUUGCGUUGAAAACACGGACUCCAGAUCAACCAUCUAGAAUCCCUGGCGAAACUCAAAAGGAGUACCAGGAGACAUUCCUAUCAGCGAUCGCCAAACUAUUCUGGAUUGAGCACGCACUGGGGACUCGUGUGGGCAAUCAGCUUAUUCGCGGGGUAUCUGGAGGAGAGAAGAAACGAGUGUCUAUAGGAGAAGCCAUGGUUACAAAGGCUAGCACUCAGUGUUGGGACAACUCGACGCGGGGCUUGGAUGCCAGCACAGCAUUAGAAUACGUCCAGAGCCUGAGAAGCUUAACCAAUACGGCACAAGUCUCGACCCUGGUAGCUCUUUAUCAAGCAUCUGAAAAUUUAUUCAAUCUUUUCGACAAAGUUAUACUCAUCGAAGACGGAAAAUGUGCCUUUUUCGGGCGCUCAGAGGAUGCGAAAUCCUAUUUUGGUAAUUUAGGAUUCGAGUGCCCACCCCGAUGGACAACCCCCGACUUUUUAACCUCUGUCAGUGAUCCGAAUGCAAGGCGCAUCAAGCCUGGAUGGGAGAACAGAAUUCCUCGCACCGCAGAUGAGUUCCAAGCAGCCUAUCGUGAGAGUGAGACCUUCAAAGCUAUACAAGCCGACAUUGAAGACUUUGAAAAUGAGUUGCAAGACAUCAAAGAUGAGAGAGAAGCUGCUAGAGCACAAGUGACAACUAAGAAUUAUACUGUUCCGUUUUGGAAACAGGUCAUGAUUCUCACACAUCGACAGUUUUUGGUCAUGUUUGGGGACAGGGCUGCCCUGAUAGGAAAGUGGGGGAUCAUCAUCUUUCAAUCUCUUAUCAUCGGAAGCUUGUUUUACAAUCUACCGGAUUCUAGCUCUGGCGUCUUCACACGAGGAGGUGUGAUGUUUUUCAUACUGUUGUUUAACUCUCUUCUUGCCUUGGCAGAAAUCACAUCUGCAUUCGAGAGUCGACCCAUAAUGAUGAAACACAAGAGUUUCUCCUUCUAUCGCCCAGCAGCAUAUGCCUUAGCACAGGUUGUGGUGGACGUCCCCUUGGUUUUUAUCCAAGUACUCCUGUUCAACCUAGUUGUAUACUUCAUGGCAAACCUUUCUCGGACAGCAUCGCAAUUCUUCAUCAGCCUGUUGAUUAUUUUCAUUUUGACAAUGACGAUGUACUCUUUCUUUCGUGCACUUGGGGCAUUGUGUGCUUCACUUGAUAUUGCUACUCGCAUCACGGGGGUCGCGAUUCAAGCAUUGAUCGUAUAUACGGGCUAUUUGAUUCCACCGUGGAAGAUGCAUCCUGCAAGUUCACUCUAUCCACUAUUCCAAGUGAUGUCUUACUCUAACCACAAGACUUUCCAGUGGCUGAAGUGGCUUAUUUGGAUAAACCCAGUUCAAUACGCCUUCGAAGCAUUGAUGGCAAACGAGUUUACCGGCCUUGAUAUUAGAUGCGAGCCACCAUAUAUUGUCCCUGAUGGUCCUAAUACGUCUCCAUCCCACCAGAGUUGCGCCAUACAAGGCAGCUCACCCGAUAGUCUGAUCGUCAAUGGAUCGGAAUAUAUCCAGAACGCCUACACAUAUACCCGGGCUCAUCUUUGGCGUAACUUUGGUAUAAUUAUAGCCUGGUUUCUGUUUUUUGUUUCUCUAACAAUGCUUGGAACUGAGAUUCAAAAGCCGAACAAAGGUGGAAGCUCCGUUACUGUUUUCAAAAGAGGUGAAAUUCCCAAGUCCGUCAAAGACGCGAUUGAACAUAAGCGACCACCUGGAGAUGAAGAAUCCGUUGAGAAAACACCUUCAGAUCCUAGUCUUACGAGUGAUGAAGCAGAAAACAAGGUUCAGGAUAUCGCCAAGAACACAUCAAUAUUUACCUGGCAGAAUGUGAAUUAUACUAUCCCGUACAAAGGAGGAAAGCGAAAGUUACUACAAGGUGUCCAUGGUUAUGUAAAGCCGGGGAGGCUCACUGCAUUAAUGGGCGCCUCUGGCGCAGGAAAAACCACACUUCUCAACGCUCUGGCCCAGCGGAUUAGUUUUGGUGUUGUGACUGGUAGCUUCCUGGUCGAUGGAAAGUCUCUUCCCAAGAGUUUCCAAAGAGCAACAGGGUUCGCGGAGCAAAUGGAUAUCCAUGAGCCAACAGCCACUGUUCGUGAGUCGUUGCGAUUUUCAGCUCUAUUGCGACAGCCCAAAGAAAUUCCACUCCAGGAGAAAUAUGAUUACUGUGAGAAAGUGAUCGACUUGCUGGAAAUGCGCUCCAUCUCUGGGGCCAUAAUUGGAUCCACGGGCUCAGGACUGAAUCAAGAGCAAAGAAAAAGGCUCACAAUUGCGGUAGAGCUCGCCAGUAAGCCAGAACUCCUGCUUUUCUUGGACGAGCCGACAUCGGGACUCGACUCUUUAGCCGCCUUCAACAUUGUCCGAUUUCUACGAAGACUGGCGGAUGCAGGUCAGGCUGUCCUCUGCACAAUUCAUCAACCAUCUGCUGUUCUCUUUGAACAAUUUGAUGAGCUUCUUCUCUUGCAAAGUGGGGGACGGGUUGUCUAUAAUGGAGCCCUCGGAUCCGACUCGAGAACACUCAUUGACUAUUUCGAGCGUAAUGGAGGCAAAAAAUGCUCACCGAUCGCGAAUCCCGCUGAGUAUAUGCUCGAAGUCAUUGGCGCCGGAAACCCAGACUAUAAAGGACAGGAUUGGGGUGAUGUGUGGGCCAACUCGCCUGAAUCUAAGCAACUAUCAGACGAUCUGGAAAAAGUGAUCACUUCUCGUCGAAGCAUGCAAGACGAUGGGAAAACCAGAGAUGACCGAGAAUACGCCAUGCCUCUCUAUGUUCAGAUAGUGGCCGUAACCAAACGUGCCUUUGUGGCUUACUGGAGACUUCCAGAUUAUAUCAUGGGGAAGGUAAUGCUGCAUAUAUUCACUGGCCUCUUCAACACUUUCACUUUCUGGCAUCUAGGCAACAGCUACAUCGAUAUGCAGUCUCGACUCUUUUCCAUUUUCAUGACACUCACAAUCUCCCCUCCCCUUGUACAGCAACUUCAACCGCAAUAUUUGCAUUUUCGAGGUCUUUACGAAUCACGGGAGUCAAAUUCUAAAAUCUAUUCUUGGGUCGCAUUUGUCAUGAGCACGAUUUUGCCCGAGUUGCCGUACUCGAUCGUGGCUGGUUCCAUUUAUUUUAAUUGCUGGUAUUGGGGUACUUGGUUUCCGCGUGACUCUUUCAGCUCCGGGUAUACAUGGAUGCUCCUCAUGCUCUUCGAAUGCUAUUACGUCGGCUUUGGUCAAUUUAUAGCAGCCUUUGCACCAAAUGAGCUAUUUGCAUCGCUACUCGUUCCGUCAUUCUUUACGUUUGUCGUAUCUUUCUGUGGUGUCAUCGUGCCCUAUGUUGCCAUACCCCAUUUCUGGCAGUCGUGGAUGUACUGGCUCACUCCAUUUCACUAUCUCCUCGAAGGAUUUCUCGGGGUCAUCGCUCACAACGUCCCUGUUUCUUGCGUUGAGCGCGAAGAAGCGCGGUUCAGCCCACCGCCUGGCCAGACUUGCGAGCAGUAUGCAGGAUCAUUUGCAAAGCAGUCUGGCGGGUAUGUCCAGGAUGCCAGCAAUGGACUCUGUUCAUUUUGUCAGUAUUCCACAGGUGAUCAAUUUGUAAGUUUCCCGGUGGACUUGAUGUCUUUAAAACCAAGGCUUGCCUGCGAUUUUUUCAGCGGUAUAUUGAUAUGUGAGGGAUCUAGACGGCCAGUUUCAAUGUUUUCUAUUCGCAUAAAUGGAGAAACUACUCACGUUGCAUCCGCGGCUAUAGAAGUCGCUAGUCUCGUCUUCGUGGGGGCGCUUCAGCUCUCCGCGUCAAAGCUUGGCGACCUCACCCGAUCUUCCCUCGUCACUUUCACCUACGUCCCUUCAGCUCUCACCAGCGCAGAAUAUCAUUACAUGAAGUCGACCCGUGUGAUGCUUGAUUAA